CUUCAGAAACAAGGGGUGUAUUGGGCCUUAGUGUUGGCUUCAUUUAUCAGCCUGGAGGUUGCAGCUUUCAAGCACACAUGAAACAUUAUCUGUGUGUCACUAUGGGAGGUCUCUGUCAUACAUGUCCGUAUAUUCGUUCAUCAGUGAAUUCAGAUGUCACAAUGCUGCCAUUUAAGUUGUGUUUUUAAUGUACUUUGUCCUCAAUCUGACAUUUCUCCAUGUAGUGUUGUUGUUUCCUAUUUUCCUGAACACAUCAACAAGUUCAACCCAGGAACAGGAAGUUUUGGAUAUAGUGCCACAGCUGGGAGCAUGGCUAUACGCUGUCAUCGUGGAACUGCUCUGAUUAUUGGAGUCGUUGUGAUGACUGCGGGCCUCUGGCUCGCUGUGAGGCCAUCUGGGGCACAUGAGCAACAGGAGCAACAGGAGCAACAGGAGCAACGGGCACUGGCAGCAAAGCAACAUGCAGACCAACAUGUGACAGUGCAGCCUGGACAUGACGUCACUCUGAGAUGUGAGGCUGGUGAUGUCUCCAUCUUAGCUGUAGAGUGGACCAGACCUGACCUGGAGCCACAGUACGUCCUCUUCUACAGAGACGGACACUUUGACACAACCUUCCAGCAUCCAUCCUUUACAGGCAGGGUGGAGCUGGUGGACAGAGAGCUGAAGGACGGAGACGUGUCUUUAACUCUGAAGAAUGUGAACAGCAGAGACUCUGGAACAUACGAGUGUCGAGUUAAAUCAGGUGGAUCAAGACGCAGAAAGAGAGCCAUCAUCAAGACUGAUCCAAUCACAGUCAUCCACCUGGAGGUUAGAGGUGCAGAGAAGGAAAACUACAUGGAUGGAAACACAGAGAGUGAACACCCCGUAUAUGGAAACAUCCCUCGUGGACACAUUGGAGUGGCAGCAGGAGGUGUUGCAGUGCUUCUUGUAGCUGCUGCAGUGUUUGUUGCUGUCUGGAUAUAUAAGAGACGUACAGACCAAAGAUCAAAGCAGUCCUCUCUUAAAGGGAGUGAUGAUCCAUUCAUCUAAAAUAUCACAGACACUUCUCUUUCUGUCUGAGUGUGUGAGCUCAUGUGUCCCUGUCGUCCACGACUCCCCGCCUCAUCACGUGCAGUGAAACUGAAUCUGUCAGUUUUUACUGAAAGAUGUGCUCUGAUUUUAUUUUUUGUACAGAAUUCAGUUAUAUUUUUUUAUCAGUCCUGUUGUUUUAUAUAUAAUGUUCCUACAGAGACAUUUUACUGGAGUAAAUAAUUCUCCCCUCUUAUCGCGGUGGAGGGGUUGUUAGGCUUUUUUAAAAAGUAAAAUAUAUAUAUUUUUAAGAUAAA